CCAGAUAUAAGACCGUUAAAUCUCUCAGAGACGGGGAUGAAAUCCAGCACAUUCCAAAUCAGGUCAAUUGGAGUUUGUGGUCAGAGGACAGUCAGUCAUAUUUGCGUCAGUCGAAGGUUUUGUACUGGGUGAGGUAAUGUCUUAUGUCUCCUCUUUCCUCCUUGUAGCUUGACGGUGUCCUACCUCAAGGUGUGACUGACGUCUACUGUCUGUGACUCACCUGGCCACGAUCUCAGAUCCACCAUCCAUCCUUUGUCUCUGAACAAGGUCAACCUACACCACAGGUCGACCUUCAUAAACACCAUCACUUAGAGUCGAACAUUAUCCAGAAGCCCAUUCAGAACUCCAUUACCCAGAAAUUCCUCCAAAAUUACCCUGCAGCAGCAUGCAAACCCCGGCCUCCAUGGUAAUGGGCAUCGUGUUCGCCCCUCUGGGCCUGGUGCUGGUCUUCAUGGCAGCCAUCACGCCCCAGUGGAGGGAGGGGCAGACCCAGCUAGUGGGUGUGGCCGGGGCUGAGCCCCGCCUCCUCCUGCGCACCGAUGGCCUAUGGGAGAGCUGCCUACAGGUGGCCCACUCGGAAUUGAAGCAGUGCUGGCCAGUAGAAGGCGCCUACCAGAGCGACCCACAGGUGAGGCUGGCGCAAGGCCUUGUGCUCAGCUCCUUGUUCCUGUGUGGUGCCGGCAUUGUGCUGGCCAGUGUGGGGGUGAGGUGCUGGACCGACCUGCCUCUGAGAAGCGUGGUGGCGGCGGGAGGCCUUCUAGUGGCGCUGUCAGGCCUGCUGAGUCUAACCGCCCUGGGGGUGUACACACACAACCUUGGAAUACUGGGGAUGGAGCAGACACCCCCCCACAGACCUCAUCAUAGGCUGCCACAGCUCACUCUCCACCCGGCCGGGUCGCUCUACUUCGGCUGGGUGGGGGGAUGUGUACAGGUGGUGGGGGGGGUGGCGCUACUGCUCAGCUUCAAGAUUCGGCCCAGAUGUCCCUCCUGCUCACAGCUGAAGAACAAGCAGGACACAGAGGUGUACGACGUCAGCUGUUAGUGGAGACUGGGGGAGAGUUACUGUGAGUGAAGAUGAUGAAUUGGAUUUACCCUUAACACUACAAAGCCAAGCAAAAGCCGAAACAAGCUGUACUGCAAUUGCUUGGUAUGUUUCCACCAUAGUUGCUAGAACAAUGCUGGAAAGGGCAUUGUGAAAAGAACAUAUCUAAGCCAACACAGUAAGGUUCAGGUCGACACCAGGGGCAGACUGGGACCAGAAAUUGGCACUGGCAUUUCUAAAACACUGGCCAUUGAUUUUCCUCGAGGCCCCCAAACCGGACAAUUUUUUUCCCUUGAAGCCCCCAUUAUUAGCUAAAUAAUGAUCAAUUUCUGCAAAAACCCAAGCUAGAAAGGGAUACUGGUCUAAAAAUGUACCCGAAAUGCCAGCUGGCCAUUCUGCCCCUGGUUAACACAACAGUGUGAAAAGGGUGUUUGUGGAUGGUUUGGGUUCAGUGGUGGGAGUCUUUUGUUCAUUUGGCACAGAGGGUGUAUGAAGGAUGAUGAACUUGAACUUUUGUAAAGGAAGCUGUAUGGCACUGUGGUGUUUAACUUGGAGAUGAUAACCUUAAAAAAAUUAAGUAUUCAUGUUGCCUUUAACUGCAAAAAAAUAUAUAGAACUGUCACAAAGCAACGUUUUGAUGUCAGCCUUGUAGGUAGCCUACUACCCAUGCCUUUGCAAACUCUUUGCCCUUUGUCUAAUACUUUCUCUUUCUGUCCUGAUUUUCAUUAAGUCAUGGUUUCUGUCAGACACAAUAUUUGAGCAUACAGCAGACCCUACUACUUCUGUGUCAAACUAAAUGUAUAUGAUUUAGGGAUAAUCUUAGAUCUAAGGGCAUAUUUAGGACUUAAGCUUUAGAAGCCGUGUUAGUUGUUGACCAUUUUUGACAAUACCUCAAAGAAUGAAAUUGCGGAUUGUAUAGAAUUUUAAGUCAGGCAUACAUUACAGAUGCCAAAUCCUAUUGAUGACUGUGAAGAUUUUAUCAAGAUGUUUAUACUGUUUGUAGUGUA